UUACCCAUUUUCCUUUCUUUGGUUUAGGAAGGGGUGGAAAACAAUUUUUCCAAGGGUAAAAUUUCAUCUUUAAUGAUGGAAAACAUUUUCCUUUACAAAAUAAGGGAAGCCACAUUUUCCUCUCUCCACCAGUUCUCCUUACCUCCUUUUUUUACUCCUCUCUCAUUCAUGCUUACAUUUCCAAUCCUAUUUUUUAUUGUUGUUGAACUUUUUUUUUUUAUGCAACUAAGCAUAGGAAAACUAAUUUGUAAUUGUGUUUUUCCUUGAUAAUAUGUUUUCCAUGAAAACUAAUUUUCCAUUGAAAAUGUUUUACAUUAAACUAAACUGGGCCUAACCGCAGUAAGUAAAAUCGCCGAAAAUAAAUUGCUUAUCAAAGUACGAGAUCCCAACACAUGUUAGAGUAGAAAUGAUAGUCUUUCGCAGAAUCAGAACUUCCCAAAAUGUAAUUCCAUCAACAAUUUUUAGCUCACUAUUCAACCAAAGAUUAAUACAUAGAAAUGCUUCAUCAACCCCAUUAUCAUCUUUGUGUUCAUCAAAUCAAUCUUCCUGCAUACAAAAACUGUUUCACAAAGAUUGGUUAUCUCCAAAUGAAGUUGUUAAAAUCUUCACUUCAUAAGGACCCGAUUCAGUUCUUCCUAUGUUAGAUCACAUUUCAAAGCGCAAAGAUUACAAACCUAAUGAAUCCCUUUUCAAUGUGAUCAACAACAAGCUUGGUGGAGCAAAAAAAUUUGAAGCAAUUGAUGAUAUUUUGAAGGGGAUUAAAACCCAGAAAAAUUUCCGCAUAUCUGAUGAGUUUUUCUAUAAUGUGAUCAAGAUUUAUGGUAAUUUGGGUGGUUUAGAUAAAAGGGUAAUCGAAAUUCUUUUCGAUAUGCCUGAGUAUAAUUGUUGGCCUUCGACGAAAACCUUCAAUUUUGUGCUGAAUUUUUUGGUAAUUUCGAAGAAAUUUGAUGUGAUUUAUGAGGUUUUUCUAGGUGCUACUAAGCUUGGGGUUGAGAUUGAUGCUUGUAGUCUUAAUAUUUUGAUUAAGGGGUUGUGUAAAUGUGGACAAUUAGAGGAUGCCUACCAAGUGCUCGACGAAUUUCCCAAACAAGGGUGCAAACCAAAUAAGGUGACUUAUUCUACUAUAAUGCAUUGUAUGUGUGAAAAGGGUAUGGUAGAUGAGGCAUUUGGGUUGAUUAAUAGGAUGGAGAAAGAAGGGGUUUCACCGGAUGCUGUAACGUUUAACAUAUUGGUUUCGGGUUUGCGGAAACAAGGGAGGAUUGAGGAAGCAAUGGAGCUAUUAGAUAGAAUGAGGCUCAUGGGUUGUGAUCCUAAUAAAGGGACUUAUCAGGAGGUUUUGUAUGGACUGAUCAAGUCUAAGAAAUUUGUUGAUGCCAAAAACUUUGUGUAUAAGAUGAGGUCUAAGAGCUUGAUUCCGAGCUUUUUGUCUUACAAGUUGUUGGUGUUGGGACUUUGUGAAGAGAAUUUGCUUGGAGAUGUGGAAAGUGUGUUGAAGAGUAUGGUUUCGGUCGGAUUCGUGCCCAGGAUGGGAAUGUGGAGAACUGUUCUUGGAAAGAAUUUCCCAAGGCAUGAUGCCCCUGUGGCUGUAUCUUUCAGUGAAAUUGUAAAAGAUUAGCAAUUUGAAUUCGAAAUUUGGAAACUGAACCAUUUUCACUGAGCUAGGGAACUAGCUAGGGCAAUCAGAGGCGAAGUUGGAACAGCUAACAAUCAUGAGAAUUAGGAAUGUAGUAGUCUGAUUAAUGAUCAAGAAUUAAAUGAUCAUCAACCAUAUUCUGAAUGCUGGAAAUCUUGAACUUCUUUUUGUUAUGCCAUCAUGCAUUAGAUCGUUAUAAGUUGUAACAUUUGCUAACUUAAAUAUAUUUCAUAUCAUGACCCCGAAGAUUGUUUAAAUGCUUUUGUGUGGAACAUGAAUCCUGCCCUUGAAAUUACAUUACUUAAAGAUUAACAUUCUCAUUUGCUAAACAGUCCAAGAUUAAAAAGACAGAGUAGUACAAAUGUACAUGGUUUGUAUUUUUGUAAUGAACACUAAUUCUAUA